AUCGUCAGCAACUGCAGUUAUUGGAAAAUGAGCGGACAAAGAUGUUGAGGUCAAAGAAAACGGCUCCUUGUGUAUUUUCGGCUUAAUAAUGAUUAUCAUUACAUUCUUGACAUUGCUGAGUGGGUUGUCAAAUAGCAUGCUGCUUCUAUAUGUUGAUUAAUCUUCUUCAUCUCGAGGCGUUUAGUCUUAAACUUCAAGUGCAUGCAUAUUGUUGACUAAGCAAGUGCAAGCGAGCACCAACAUGGCGACACUCAAGAAUUCGACAAAUCACUCUGGGACGACAUCCCUGAACAAGAGAGCCUUGCAUAUUCGAGGCGGGUAUGAGGAACCGGGGUCAGUUGAAUCAAGCAGCUCCGAGUCUGAUGACGGCGUGGAUAGCGAAGCAGGUACACUGCAUAAGAUACGUCGUGUAGAUCACGUCGACGGCCACUUCGCCACCUUCAUAUAUUAUGUUACCGGUGCUGCUGUGUUAGUACCCUCGCUUCUUGUAAUAUGUGAGAUCUUGUUGUUCCUUCUAGUGUAGUAGUAGCAGGAGUAUACAACGUACUCAUGGGGCAGAUGUCACAUUAUCAAUGCUGCUCACGAAUCCUUUCAUACUUCUGGGGCAGUUCUCUCUUUCUGAGCUCUCAACCUCUUAUUCUUUACUCACUUUGAUCUCGGUGGUUUACAACUUUCUACUCUUUUGUGGAUCAUGUCACAUCGAUUCAUCCUGCGUGUAGGUGCUAGAUGCCUAUUAGGGAUGCACAGAAUAGAACCCUUUCAUACUUUACGUUUCAAUCACUAUGGGGCUGCUGCAUUCCGAUUGUCUAGGACAUCAUGAUCGGUAGAUUCUAACCGCUUCUUGACUGCGUGGCCGCGAAGGGGCCUUGGUUGAAGUUGGCGCAAGCGGAAAGCCAACGAAAACUUGCAGCCGCACUUCCUCCGCACGAGUCCGGUAUAGCAAGUACAGCGAAAAACCCAGUACAACGUUCUCACACAGGACUAUUGGAAAAUGACGAGGUGGUACACGCGGUAGACAAUGCGCACAUAAGCUUAUCACCGCUUGUGAUGUUGCAGCAUCAGUUCCUGGAAACCUUUAUACAGCGAAUCACGAGCUUGAUCACGCGUGGAGAAAUGUUGCAGCCUUUUCUGUGUCCCUUCGAGCCUGCGGUUGAUGUCUUCUCUAACGUGGAAAAAAAUCGAUAUUUCGCGGGUCUUGCGGUCGGGGGCGCGCGACCUAUAGCACAGAUUACCAGUAUGCAAAAACUUUUGCUCCCCGUUUGCAAGAGCUUCGACUGCUCUAAAAGCAGCGUGCCUAGUCCAAAAAGUCCACAUGCGUCUACGUCGGUUGCGCAAGUAGGUCAAGCAGGCGAAAAUGCUUCAAAUUUGGGAAAAGCGCGGCCGCAUGUUUCCCUAGCGUGGACCUUGUAUAAGCCUACACUGAAGUACGAUCCUAGAAAUCCGUACGGCGACUGUUGUUUUCCCCGUGCGCUGGGUUCCCUCGCGUUGGCUCCUGGGAGUGCCAGUACCACUAAUAGUAAGUCAACGUGGAUGAGCAGUGGAAGUGGCUCUGGUGCCCCCACGUCAUCAUGGAGUUCCACUUGUGCCUCUGGUGGAGGUAUUGCUUUGCCACAAACCUUGCCGUUGAUGUUGGAAUUUUCAGCCAUUACAGCGCAGGUUGGGCAGAGGAUACACAGAAUCCCACUUCCCAGUAGCAGGGGCAAGUAGUCAGACAUACAUAAAUGUAUGUUAUAGAACAUAUGAGUAUAGUUGUAGAACACCAUUGUGCUUAUCCAAUAGGUAUACAG